AUGUUCUGUUGCUUCUGUCGCUCGCGAGCCGCGGACGAUGACGACGAUUACGCCACGUCACUUCCCCCCGCUCCCGCGAAUCGCAAGCACGCCGCGCCAACCGCCACCGGAGCAUCCGCGGGCGUGCACGAGUUCGCGAGCCAGAUGGCGGCGGCCGACGACCGCGUCGCGAUGUCGUCCGUCGCCGUGCUUCACGCCGCGCAGAUCCGCAGCAUCCGCUCCGAGAAUGCCGGCGACGCGAGGCCCGUCGGCACGCCGCCGAGCCGCGGCGGGAGUCGCGGAGCGACUCCUCGAGAGUCGCAACGGUCGCCGGGGGUCGCAGGCGAUUGGAAUCGGAUUUAUCAAGGCCAGUCCACUCCGGGCGCAGCGUCCGGUGCGGGGUUUGGGUCGAAUGCUGCUGCUGUGGGGAGCGGAGUUAGCGGGGCCGGUGGGGUCCAUAGCAUGUCGGAGCCUCGAAUCGCGACACCUGGUGCAACAGGGGACAAACUACCGCUAUCGCCUUUAUCGGGUAUGGUUAUAACGGGUCAGGCGCAAGGACACAGUUACAGCCCCGCGCAGGGGGGGCAUCAUCCCGCGCAGUAUGCGCACCCAGGAGAGAUCGGAGGGGCGAGCGGGGGUAUUGGCGGAGGCGGAGGCGGAGGCGGCGCAGGGGUAGCGGGUGGUCCAAUUACGAUGGCGGCCGGACCUGGGACGCAACGCCCUGCUCCAAUGGCGUCGAGCGCGGCCGCGUCUGCGCCGGGUCGCGCGCGGAUACUCGCGUGGCUUCAGGAGUCGGAGUUUAACUACGCGGUAGUUGACGAGGUGGAGAACUCUCCCACAAAGCUUCCCUCGUCAAGCGGUAAAGGGGCAAGCAGCGCCGCUGGUGACAGCGACGCUGUGACUGUAGGCGGAGCCCCGCGCCUCCCCCGCAGCCGGGCAGCAGCAAUCAGCCGUUCGACCCGUUCGCGAGUUCUAGUAACGCGGGGUCGUGGCGCAGAGAGACCGCAGUUGUGA